AUGGCGUUUACUACAGUCAUGAUAUUCACUGGUCCUACUUGGAAUGAUUGGGUCGACCCGAAUGGCGACACCACCAUUAUUGUCCCUGUCAACUUCGCAGCUACGACUAUUACAGACAACAACGUUCCGGGCCAGGGAUUUAUUCAAGGAGAGCUGCCCGAGGACCCAGCUCAACCUGUGAUCGCUCUCUUCCGCGUAUCAAGUGAUCGCUUGAGUGUGGCAUGUCCCGACACGUUUGGGCGAAUCCUCAACAGCCCACAGAUGCACAACCAGCGUUUCGCAAAUCGGCACGCCCACUAUACCACAUCUCCAUAUGAUCCCAUAGCUUUUGGGAUUUUUCUGAGAAUGCUUUACCGAAAUCCCGGUCGUCCCGCUCUGAACAUUAUGAAGUUUGAUCAGGUCAUGAAGCUCGCCCAACUCGCGGUCCAUUACGGUGGCCCGGGUGGCGCUCAAGUUAAAGACGACGUGUCUACGUGGAUUCGGGCCCGAGAGGUCCCAAUGCCUAUCGAGAAUGUCAAGGUCUCGGUGAAGGCAAUUUGGACUGCCAUUCUCCUUAAUAUGGAAGACCAGUUCGGCCCUUCAACGUUCAAUGCAAUAUCGUGGGCAACCGAGGAGAUCACUGCCUUCGGCACCCCAGUUCCCAACCCAGUCAUCGUCGAUCUAAACUCACACAGAGACAUUGCCAUUACAGAGGUCCUCGAGAAGUGGCAUGCUGCUCUCCGUGAUUUCAAAAACAAGGACUGGGUAUGCACUCCCGAUUGCAAGGACCGGGUGCGCGAAUCAUUGUUACAGCACAUGGGAUGUCACCCUUUGCUUUUCCGCACGACAAAGCGGCCUUACCGUGGUUUCUCUUACCAGGAAUUGGUGAACUUAAUGUUGUCCUUUCAAUGCCCGAAAGACAGCACGAUCAACCAUACGAAGGAGCAUCCUCAGCAAUUUAGCUUCGCCGAAGCGUGGGAAACAACUCAUCGGUGCCCUCGUGCUCUGUGUUGGAAGGACUAUGUCUUCGACACACAUGCGCAAGAGGCCGAGCAACAUUCUUCACAAGAACCCCAGCAGCAAAAUUAG